AGGAAGGUUUCCACACACUGCCUGGCCCGUCCACUUAAUGCCAAGGAGAUGCAGUGGUGGCUCCAGCUCCGCCUCGCCUGAUGACAGGAGGCGAUGACCGGCGACUAGCGCACGUAGCUGGCAGACUGCCCCGGGGAUGGCCAACAGCGAGGGCACGGAAUGGAAGGCAAGCUCUCGGCAGCAAGAACACUGCACCGAGUCCCACACAACAUGAGUCUGCGCUUCUUGCUCCUGCUGUCCUUAGCACCCAUCGUAUGCAGUGAAGAUGUCAUGGAACCUCAUGUUGAUGUGCAGGUGGAAGUGGAAAACUCUACCACCAUCCAUAUUAAGUGGGACUCGCAUCUUCAUUCUGUAUUACGAUGUGUUCUUCUCGUCUUCGUUAAAGGAAGUAAGGAAGAUGAGAUAUUUUUAUUGCCCAGAAAUGGAAGUUUGAAGCUAACAAGUCGGGAGACAGGGACCCUUUACACUAUCAGCAUGAACUGCUUUAAUGGUGAAACAAUUCUCAAGUCUUCAAAUGUCAGCAUUGAUACAGGUGUAGAGCCAAGCUUUCUCCCUUCAACAUCACGAUUCACAUCCAGAACAGAAACACAGCCCACUUUAGGCGGCCACCUGAACCAUGCCAAGUUACUCAGUUCGGAUGUACUAACUGGAGCUGUGUUCGGUUGCAUUGGUGGCGUAAUCCUGAUAUACCUGUCCUAUUCUUUCUAUAAAAAGUGGAGAAUGGAUGAAAGACUACGAGCAUUCUUAAGGCUCCUUCGCAAUGCAGAAGUGGCACCUUACUUCAUUUUUGGUGAGAAUGAAGAGAAUGCCAGAUGAGCUAUUAAUCAUCCUGAAGAGACUGAUGCACAUUAUAGCUUUGAUGCCUUAUUUGCGCAUUUUACAUUUUUGGAUUGUUAAUUUUACUCAUCACGUUUAGCCUAAUUUUCAGAACUGCAGAGGGUUUUAAAACACAAUCACAGAAUCCACAAUGGUUGCAGCAUAGAUUCACCCAGUGCCAUUCCUGCACAUUCUUCCUUUUGAGAUAAUAAUCCAAUUCCCUUUUGAAUGCCUCGAUUGAACCUGCCUCCAGCACACACUCAGUGCAUUCUGGUUCCUAACCACUUGCUGUUUUCCUCAU